CCACUUGCAAGUCCUAUACCUGAAAAAAAAAGGUUUAACGAGCUUCCUUUAGAAUAGUAUAUCUCUUUUAUGCUAAAUAAAUUGAUUGCUUCACACUAAUCAGCUUUAGUGGAGAAAUGUUCAUGUUCUGCAAAGAAAAGCUUUAAGCUUUCCCUCUACCUGUAAUUUCCAACAUUUAUUUUUUUAGUUUUAUUAAUUUUUUGUUGCAUAUUCAUCUGGAGUUUUGUUCAUUUUCCAGUUUCACCAAAAAUGACAAAUGGGUAUGAGUUCGUGUGAGAAGGGUUUGUUUUCUUCUAUUGAUUUUGACUAGUAGUUUAGAUACUUUGCUUGUUGAAAGAAUGAGUGUGUGUUUGUGGGGGUAGCUUUCAUUCGUUUUUUCUUGAAAAAAAAAGGAUUUUGGUAAUUGUAGUUGAAGUGGGUAUCUGUUAUUUUGUGGGGGGCAAAAAGGAUGAUUCAGUUGUUGUUCUUGGUGCUUUUUGUGGAGGGUGCUAUGGCAUUUCUUUUGUUGGUGAAGAUUGGGCCAUUGAGAGAUCUUGUUAUUAAGACGCUGGAUCAGAUAAAAAUGGGGAAGGGUCCUGCUACAGUGAAGACCAUUGCUGGCACCAUGUCCGUGAUUCUCUUCUCAAGUCUUAUGAGCAUUGUUAAGAUCCAGAACAAAGGUGCCAAGCUUGGUACUAUGUCACCCAUGGAUCAAGUUCUGUGGAGGACCCACUUGCUGGAGGCUUCACUCAUGGGUUUUACAUUAUUCCUAGGCUUCAUAAUUGAUCGUGUGCAUCAUUAUCUCCAAAAGCUGAACAAGUUAAGGAGCAAUGCAGGAGCUUCUAAAGAAGAAGUGGAAAGCAUUGAGAAAGAGAAAGUUGAGCUGAAGGAAAAGGAAGAGAAAGCUUCGAAGGAGAUAAUUCAACUUAAGGAAAAAAUUUCUGGUCUUUCAGAAAGUUUGAAGAAGACAAAGGUGGAAUGUGAGGAGAAGGAGAAAAGAAUUGAGACUGCUGAAGCUCAUGUUAGUUCCCUCCAAAAGCAAGCUGCAGAUCUGCUACUUGAAUAUGACAGGCUCUUGGAGGAGAACCAAAACCUUCAAGCACAAGCACUCAGGCACAUCAAGAACUGAUAAGAGUCAAUUGCUUUUAACCACAAGUUUUGGAGAAGAGUUUUAUCACAUUCACACCAUCAUUAGUUUUGUUGCAAGAUUAUCAUUAUCAUUGAAAAAGAAAAGAAAAACAACAAAGAGAAAAUUUGGCCCUCUUGAUGAAAAUGAAACAUUAAUCAACAUUCAUUAAAAUGGAGUGAAAUCACCUUAGCCCUUCCACUA